CCACCAAAACUCACUCUUCUCUCUUCUUCACUUAGCUUAAGUAGUAAAACAAGCUCUUUCGUUUUUUUUUUUUUCCAACUCUACAAUAAGCCAAUUCCUUCGCUUAACAACAUCAUCAAUGGCUUCCCAAACCAACUCCGCCAUGGCCCUCUUCCUAGCCCUCAACCUCCUCUUCUUCUCCAUGGCUUCUGCCUGCAACAGCGGCUGCCCUACUCCCAAACCGAACCCUAAACCUAAGCCAACUCCCACCCCCAGCACUCCUUCCUCCGGCGGCGGCAAGUGCCCCAUCGAUGCACUCAAGUUGGGCGUUUGCGCCGACGUGCUAGGCAAUUUGCUCAAGCUUAAGGUAGGCAACCCGCCGGUUCAACCGUGCUGCAGUCUGAUCAAUGGGCUGGUUGACCUUGAAGCCGCUCUCUGCCUUUGCACCGCCAUUAAGGCCAACAUCCUCGGGAUCAACCUCAACGUUCCCAUCUCUCUCAGCCUGCUUCUCAAUGUCUGUAAGCAGAAGGUUCCAUCUGGCUUCCAGUGCCCUUAAGCAAGGAGUUACGUUACGUCCACACGUGCUACAUGCCAUGCAUGCACGAUUUAGUGCUUUUGUACUCCAUUUUGCUUCCGUUUUUAUAUAUGCUGGUGUCUAAGUAAUUAUGUGUUCAAAUUGUAACGUUUUUCUUUGUUUCCAUGCAUGCGUAAUCUGUAGCCUGUUAUAGACCGAUAUGUAUGUGGAUAUCGGGUUUGAUCUUGUUGUACGAAUAAAUGAUUUCAUAAUGU